UCCUGACGGAGUGUUUAUCGUUGAGUCGUUGUGAUGGCUGUUGUGAGGCCGUGAACAAGAUCCGAUCGGACAUCCUUUACAUGCACCAGGUGCAACGAAUAGAGGAAGGAUUUUCAGUAUUCUAUAACAGUGCUUAAUAUAGUACACUAGUGGAAGUGAAAUUUCCAUAGGACGUGGGUUGCUCAAGGUGGAUUUCUGUAUCAGCUGUUUUGGUCGUCUUUCAGCUGGUUGCGUUGCAAAAAUGUGGGCCCAUGGUUUUGAAGAACAGCAAGACUGACAGCAAAAGAUGAAGCAGAGAAAACUUCGGAAUCCAUGUUUUAUUUUGAUUUUCAGGCAUUUUUAUUUCAGAGUACCAAGAUAGUUUGAAACCAUGCCUGCCCUGACAGCCAAUUCCGUCACACUAGAUGAGAUUCUUGAGGUGCGUGCAGGCCCUCUUAGUGAUGAAGAGCUUUGGGCAUUGCUGUCCCAAUCAAGUGUAGCAUUGCAGGAUGUAUUUGUGAAAGGUAAAGCAAGGAGGAAGGGUCUUCUUACAUACACAAUUACACCAGAAAGGUUACUUCUUUGCCACAAUGGCAAGGUUAAGUUCUCACUGCACACAGUUUCAUCAAGGAAUCGCUCUUACACAGCUCCAGAAUUGUACUCAAGACACAACAAACCCCUUGGAAGUGAGGGAACUCUAGAAAAGAUCUGUAUAUACUCACUGGGAAUGACACUAUAUCAUGCAGCAGAGUAUGAAAUCCCUGUUGGAAAGCCAGUUAAUUUGAGUGAAAAUCUAGAAAAUGUACUUCUUUCCAUGUGCGAAGAAAGUUCUCAGUUACGGACCUCCCUUACAAAAGUUCUGGAGAUGUGCCAUGGACAUCGUAAAAGGCGACGUUUCGGUGACAUCAUUACAUCCAUGGUUACUGCUGUUUUGGGAGAUGAUGUACCAGAUAAUGAAGAAGAAGAUUACAGUUUUGAUGAAGAAACAGUGCAUGUUGAUAACUCUGAGUUCAUAAAUGGAGAGGAGCCAUCACUGAUAACUGAUUUAGCCAGCCCUCGAAGCUUGCCUCCACCCCCACCCUCAAGGAUCAGCACACAAGGUCAACCAACAUCAGAAGAAUUGGUAGGGUCAAAUUAUCGUCGAUCAGGCUCACCAACUGAGUUGGCCUUGACACCUCCUAGUAAGCAGCCUCAUAUUCCUCAUGUGCUAGAUAAAUACAAGGAUCAUCUGCAAAGGGCAAGAAGAGACAGAAGUCGAAAAUCUUCCCCUUCAAACAUAUCAAAUGUUUUGACAAGCAUUGACCAAUCAGAGCCAAGCUCUUAUGACCAAUCAAAACCUGUCACUCAUGACCGGACAUGGCCUAGGACACGUGAUCAGUCA